GUAGCAAGCCAUCGAUCACAUGUGUAGAUCCGGAACAGGAACAGGAUGAAUGUCCAAUCCACCGGUGAGGAAUCUCAUCUUUAUCUAUACAUUUUUCGACAGUUAAAGUCGUCAUUUGACGCCUAGUUUCAUCCCUCUCUGUACAAGCAAGUGUUGAAGUGUUGACAUCUUUUGAUGCAGGUGAGCAAAUCUCUCCUGCAGAUUACCUUAGCUCGGCUAGCUCAUGUCAGUGCAAUCGACAAAUCUUUGUUCAAGAUGAAAGCAGUUUAGCGAACCAGCCAAGUUGUUGCAGCUAACGCGAGUUUGACGACCGUCCAGAGAGCCAGCUGUCUAGCUAGCUAACCCCGACAGAAUGCUAUGGGGAACUGCUGGGGUUACUGUACUGGGAUCUUCCGGCGAGAAGCGAACAGGAUACAACGUGGAGGAGGGUCCAAGUACUUCCGCAGCAGCACCACCGGGGAGCAUUACACUAUUGAAUUUGAAAAUCUAGUAGAGAGUGAUGAGGUUGAAAGCCCACAAAGCUGUCCCAGGCCAAUCAAUGAGGAGGAGAUCAAUCACCUCAAAGAGCACCGUUACACUGCUAUUUCUGAUCAGCAGACCCUGAUAGACCUCAAACUGCAGGCGGAGUUAGAGGCAGAAGAGGAGAGGUUGAGGCUAGACGAGGAGGCUAGGAAUGCAGCACAGCGCCAAGCCGCCAGGGUCGCUCGCGAGCGAAGGCUCCUGGAGGAGCAGCAUGUGCUGAGGACUAAAGGCCGGCCAGAUGGAGAGAGCAGAGCAGGACUCCACAAGAAGCACACACCAGGAGAAGACUUUGGUGUUUACCUCCAGAACGUGAAGGCCCAGUCUGAAGCCUUUAGGGGCAGCAGGUUGCCCUCAGAGACCACUGUGGUAACCCCCAACACGGAGAGCAGUUGGGACUUCACCACCAAGACCCGCUCUACCAACGACGACGGCACCUCUCUGGACCUGGAGUGGGAGGACGAGGAGGGGAUGACUCGGGUGGGCCCAGCAUGGGAGCGUUCCCGGACGGAGGAAGACAUCCUGCGCGCUGCCCUGCGCCCAGGCCCCGCCCCCCUCGCCAGUGGCCCGGCCUCAGCCUCCGAGGACUCCAACGCCCUGGAGUGGGAGAACGAUUUUGUGAGCGCACUCACUGACGAGGUGGAUGAGUCGGAGUACGAGGGCUUCGUCAACCCUGUCCUGGAGACGCCGUCAGACACGCCUGGAGACACGCCUGGAGACACGCCUGGAGACACGCUGUCUUCAGACACGCCGCCCGGGGACAUACCAGAAGACGCCACACUGUCGGACACACAGGACAGAUAGUCCCCGUCCCCAGCGGAAACAGAGGCCAGUCAUUACUAAGUCCACCAGCCCACGGGCUCGUCAGUUGGAAAUGUAUUGAUCACCACUCGCUAGCACUGACAUCUGCUCUAAGAGGAGGAGCAACGGGAUCAUUCUCUGUGGUCUGGCUUUUGUGUGUAAAUAAGUCAGGAUAAUACUCCCUUUUUCAGUGCCUUUUUUAAUUGAAAUGCAAUUUAAAAUGUUAAUAUUUAAAUGACCCAAGAAAGGCUUAAUCUUAGUACAAACUUCCUAUUUUAGUUAUAAACCAAAAAGUUGCCAUUGACACAUGGCCAUUUGCUAGCAAUCUAGGCACUGUAAAAAGAAAGUCCUGGAACAAGCACUAAGGACAUGUAACAUUCAUAUCAUAGCUUUGAAAAAAGAUAAUUCUGUACAGCUUUUAAAGUAAAAGUUGUUUACUAUUAUACAGUUCACUGCAUGAACUGGCAACACAAUGGGAGAUGAUUAGCAGAUAUAAAUAAUGUUGUAACCUGGGUGGGAACUGCCUUGGGCUGUCCCUGGUCCUUGUUUUAUUUCCUAGUACUAUGUGUGUGUUUUACAAACAUUAGACACUGCUUCUAGCAUUUUUACAAAUCUGAUUUGUUUUUAUUGAUGUGUUAUAAUGUGUAAUUGUUUUCCUUUUUCUUCUUCCUCAUUCAUCACUUAAUUUUUCCCCUUCAAAAGUCAAGUGCAAUUUUUUUAAUCGUAAUGCGGGAGGAGUUUGCUUAUUUGUGUUUGUUUGCAAGUGGGCUGCAGUGAGUUUACCUUUUGUGUUUGAAGCUGUUUUUGGUGAGCAUGUAUCACAGUGCCUGAUUGGCUGUUAGAAGUGUAACCUGUCAUUACUGAAGGAACAUGACAAGCUCUUCUGCACAAAACUCUUAACGUGUUCCUGGGUUACUGAGGUGAGGAUAACAGCAAGAGCCAGGCAAUGUGGGGACCAGACGACUGAGAGGGGUUGAAACCCCCUCCAUGUCACUGAGCAGCCAACCUGCACUGCCACCCCUCCUAACAGAGAGAGCAGCCCUAGGUCUCUUUGAGCUAACAAGUUAGCAGCUCUGUCUGAGCAACACAAAGUCUCUGGUUUUGUUUUGUAAACAUUGCAGAUGUGCUACCUCCUACUUUUUAUAAUUCUAUACAAUCCCCGAGUAGAUACAUGUCGAAAUUCAAUUAUGUUAGGUAUGUUGAAAUUAACCAAAUAGCGUCUUUUUGUGUAGGACUGCUACUGAUGUAUCAACACUGUCAACAGGUGUGACACUUGGACAUUCCCAGGGUUAUGCUCUUAACUAACAAACCAGACCUCAGUUUUGAUUGUAGCACAAUACCUGUCCUACCUUAGCUGUCAAAAGGCUGGCUCUAUUUUAAGACUGCACAUCAGUGGAACUGCAGACGAAAAUGCAUCCCAGCUGUUAGGCCCCUCCUACAAUCUUGAAGUGUUUUUCCUGAAAUCAGAGGGUUGUUUGUGUGAAACCAGUAAGUUUCAUGUCAGGUGUAGUGGAGAGUAAUUAAUGUUGUACCAAAAUGAACUGAGUUGUUUAGGGGACUGGAACUGGGGAACUUCUAAAGGGAUGAACACCUGUAAAUAUCAAAGCUUUUAAUAAUUUAUUUCAGUCAUUCACUGCAGCCGUGGCAUGGACUAGCUUGAGUGCUCAUGAUAGGAGCUUUACUAAACAUCUGAAAGGUCUGGAUCCUACUCAGACUACAUCACAGGACACACACUUCACUGACUCCUGGCCGAGUUGGGCGAACAGGUUAGCUUAGUUCACAAAAUAAAAGAUUCACUCUUAUUCCAACUUCACUGUAGGUUAGGGUUAGGGUUGGAAAGAAUCCUAAUGACUUCUGAAAGCUGAUAUUUAGUCUUUUGUGGAGAUCAUCUGCCUGGGAUCUGCUCCACUAUAAUUGUGUUGAUCUCAAGUUAACUAACAAUGUUAGUUACGAUGGAGGAUUUUCAAAAUCAGAAAUUUUUCAGAUUGUUAAAAUUGAAGUGUUCUGAAAAAGAGCUAUCUUAUCUAUGCACGAUUGGACUCCUUGGAGCUUGACAGGUGUGUGUGUGUGUGUGCUGCUAAUGCUGUGUGUGUUGCUAAUGCAAAAUGUUGGAAAUGGUUUUAAAAUCAAGGGGUACCAUUGCAGUCACAGCUACAGUUUAAUCAACACAUCAUUCCAUAAAAAAAACAAUUUAGUUUAAAAGUAAUUUUUUUCUUCUCCAGCAUGGGAAGGUAUUACUGUAAAUGAGACGUUUUUUUCUUUUUUUCAAGGACCAAAUUUGGAAUCCCCAUUUCCAUGAAUGCAUGACACACAAACUGAACAAGUACAUCUUCAGCUGGAGCUGCAACCCUCAUUAUUGCCGUUUGUCAUUCCAGCAGAAUGUAAUAUUACAAAUACUGUAUGGUCCAGUGAGCACAGCACCCUAUAGAUUCAGUUUGAGAACAAUAAAUUAAUAAAUCCUAUUGACCUUCUUA